AUGAAUAAGAUCAUUAUAUUUUUCUGUUGUAUCUAUGUAGCAAGAGGUUUUGUGGUGCCACGUUUCUUCGAUGGGCCUAAACCCAGGAUCGUAGGAGGAAUAGAUGCUCCAGCAGCUUCUGCGCCUCACCAGGCUUCGUUACGAACCCUGUUCAACUAUCACUUCUGUGGAGGAUCCAUUAUAAGUAACAGAUGGAUUUUGACAGCCGCUCACUGUACUUUAGGGCAAUCGAGUUUUACAAUGAAGGUGGUUGUUGGAACUAACAGUUUGUCAAACGGUGGAAUAUCCUAUUUUGUAGAUAAAAUAAUAAUACAUGACGAUUUUAGCUACAGCGAAAUUAAGAAUGACAUAAGCGUUAUUAAAGUGUUUAGGGAUAUAAUAUUUAAUGAGCUUGUACAACCAAUACCGUUGCCAGACACAAAUACGCCAGGAGGUGCCAAUCUUACUUUGACUGGAUGGGGUACUACAUCUUAUCCUGGUAGCAGUCCCGACAAGCUGCAAGUCAUAAAACUGCUGUCACUAAGCGCGGAAGACUGUGAGGAUAUUUACAGUAAAGUUGAUUCACCAGAUGUUGAUAGCACUCAGAUAUGUUCAUUCACCAAGCAAGGAGAAGGUGCCUGUCAUGGUGACUCCGGUGGCCCGCUGGUGGAAAAUAACACAGUAGUGGGUAUAGUAUCAUGGGGAAUGCCGUGCGCCAGAGGAUACCCUGAUGUCUUUACACGAGUUUUUGCUUUCAAAGACUGGAUAACAGAAAACACUUCUGAAUGA